UGUAACACAUUCGGUCUCGCGUAGCUUCCGCCACACUGAGCAGGAUUACGAAAGCAUGACUUGUCCACAUCGCAGUUAACUGCGCCAGCGAAUAAAAACACCCAACAUUCAGCAGGCGGAUGGCCGCGUCUGGAUGGCUUAUUUAAGGCCUCGGCUCGGACCGUCACGCAUCUUUGUCCCCCUCCGACUCCUCGCUACGGCCGGCAUGGCCGACAUGGGUCUGGUGACUAGCCGCUCCCCGCUCGAGCGGCUCGACUUCGACAACGUCGCCCUCCGGAGACUCCCGCUGGACCCGUCCGAGGAGCCCGGCGCGCGUGCGGUGAAAGGGGCGUGUUUCUCCCGCGUGAGGCCGCAGCCGCUGGCGGCGCCCCGGUUCGUGGCCGUGUCCCGCGACGCCCUCGCGCUGCUGGGGCUCAACGGGGAGGAGGUCGCGCGCGACCCGCUCGCGCCGGAGUACCUCAGCGGGUCCAGGAUCAUGCCCGGCUCCGAGCCCGCCGCGCACUGCUACUGCGGCCAUCAGUUCGGGCAGUUCGCCGGGCAGCUGGGCGACGGCGCCGCCUGCUACCUGGGGGAGGUGAAGGUGCCCCCCGGUCAGGAUCCGGAACUGCUGCGGGAAAACCCGAGCGGUCGGUGGGAGAUGCAGGUGAAAGGAGCUGGACUGACUCCCUAUUCAAGACAAGCUGAUGGCCGCAAGGUCCUGCGCUCCAGCAUCAGGGAGUUCCUGUGCAGCGAGGUCAUGCACUUCCUGGGCGUUCCCACCACCCGAGCGGCCUGCGUGGUGACCUCCGACACCAGGGUCGUACGAGACGUCUACUACAGCGGGAAUCCCCGCAAUGAGCGGUGCUCUGCGGUCGUCCGCAUCGCUCCCACCUUCCUCAGGUUUGGAUCCUUUGAGAUCUUCAAGCAGGCCGACGAGCACACCGGCCGCCAGGGGCCGAGCUACGGACGGGAUGAGAUCCGCGGUCAGAUGAUGGAUUAUGUCAUUGAGAUGUUUUACCCUGACAUCCAGCGGGACCACCCGGAUAGGGUGGAGAGGAACGUGGCUUUCUUCAGAGAGGUGACGCGCCGCACGGCUCGAGUCGUGGCCCAGUGGCAGUGUGUGGGUUUCUGCCAUGGAGUCCUGAACACGGACAACAUGAGCAUCCUGGGACUCACGCUGGACUACGGGCCAUAUGGCUUCAUGGACAGGUUUGAUCCGGAUUUCAUUUGCAACGCCUCCGACAACUCGGGCCGAUACUCCUACCAGGCCCAGCCGGCCAUCUGCAGGUGGAACCUGGUGAAGCUGGCGGAGGCUCUAGCCCCAGAGCUGCCGCCGGACCGGGCGGAAGCCGUCCUGAGCGAGUACCUGGGGCUGUAUAACAGCUUCUACCUGGAGAACAUGAGGAGGAAGCUGGGCUUGCUGAAGAGGGACGAGCCCGAGGACGAGAUGCUGAUCACGGAGCUGCUGCAGACCAUGCACAACACAGGCGCCGAUUUCACCAACACCUUUCGUGGCUUGAGUCGGAUUUCCUGUCCCACCGAGGGAGAAAGUGAGGAAGAAGAGGAGCUCGUCAGGAAAGCCACGGCCCUCCUGCUGGAGCAGUGUGCCUCCUUGGAGGAGCUCAAGGCCGCAAACAAGCCCGCGAUGGAUCCACGCGAGCUGGCGAUGUUGCUCUCUAUGGCGCAGAGCAACCCGGCGCUGUUCCAGAUGAUCUCCGACAGGACGACGAUUUCCAGGCAGUUGGAAAAGCUCAGCAAACUGAAAGACCUGACGGAGGCCGGUCCGGACGAGCUGAAGACCAAGCAGGCCGAGGACUGGAGCCGAUGGAUCACACGCUACAGGAAGCGCCUGUCUCGGGAGCUGGAAGGCCAGAGCGAUGUGCAGGCGGUGCAGGAGGAGAGGGUGAGGGUGAUGGACAGCACCAACCCUCGCGUGGUGCUGCGGAACUACAUUGCCCAGAAUGCAAUUGAAGCUGCAGAGAAGGGAGACUUCUCUGAGGUCCAGCGAGUGCUCAAGGUUCUGGAGAAGCCCUUCUCUUCGCAGCCCGGUCUGGAGUUUCCCGCGUGGGUGGACGGAGGCGCGCCCACCAAGCAGGCCGAGAGGGACGAAGGGGAGGAGGAGGAGGACGACGACGACCAGCAGCAGGAGGCAGCUUCUAAAUCCACAGCCAGAAUUCCUGUUCCUUAUGACAGCCGGCCCCCGGCCUGGGCCCGUGAAAUCUGCGUCACAUGAUCUUCGUAAAAACUUCCCUUGAUUGUCUUGCUCUUGUGCUCAUGGUGAUGAGAGUUCAUUGGAGUUGAUUUGGGCAUUUUCAUGUCCUUUCCGCUUCAUGUGCAACUCUCCAUGACUUGGGCAGGCAGCGUCAGGGAAGUUAGCGCGAGGCGUGACGCCCCAUAGGGCACCUGGCUGAGCCAAAGCAGACCGGCGGGUUGAAUUCAGGGCAAUACAACUUGAAUAGACACUAAUAUGAUGACGUGACGAGAUUUUCAGCAUAUUUGAAAUUUCUCAGGAAAUUACUUUAAAGUGGUAAAUGUCCUAAACACAAUCAGUACUGAUCCAUUGACAUUAUUUUUUUUUUUAGGUGGAUCUUUCCUUGAAUGUAAGACGAAUUAGGAUAACUGGCACUUAGAUGUCACAAAUGACAUCCAGAGACAUUGCUGGACUUUUUCCUAGAAAGCCGUCAGCCCGUCCCGUCUGCUUUGUGCUCGACCAGCUAUUGAUGACGACUCAGACAACAAGUCCUACAGCAACCUGUCUGAGUCUGACAACCUGUGAGGCGUCACCUCAACAUAAACCAAAUAACGUGUGUGUGCGUGUGCGCGCGCGCAAGAGAGAAAUUAAGAUUAUAAUAAUGAUAAUGUUACGGUUUGCCCUGUAUCUGGGUAAAGGAGAGUCAUUGCACUUGAACCAAUAAGCCACAGCAGUUAAACGCACAAUACUGUUAAUUCUCUAUUUUAUUUAUACGUGUAUGUAGCACUGCCCGUUUGCCUUCUGUCAUAGCACCUCUUUAUAGGCUUGGAGCCACAACCAUAAUCCAUCACUUUUGUUACUUCACAUGUAAAGUAUACAGAGAUACCAAAUCUUAAACUUAGGGGGAAAAUAGGAACUGUGUGUUAGAAUUUUUCUAUUUUAGCCAUGUGAUUGUGUAAACUUAUUUGUUAACUAAUCUAAAUAGUAAAUAGAUCUUUAUCCAAAUCUAUGUUCAAUAAAUUGUAGAAUUAACACGAAACAAUGUUCUAAAAGCUGCAUAUUUCUUUAAUAAACAUGGACUUUGUUGUUGCCAGUCACA